GUGUGCGGUGAGGCUUGGAGGCUGUCUGUGGGUGGUACCGAGUUGCGGUGCAAGCGUCAAGUAUAAAAUGCGCCACCCCGAGUGAGCAGCGAAGAGACUCGAGCACCCCCCCCCCCCUCCCAUCAAGGCGUCUACGACCGAUUCCCUCCCCCGGCUUAGGGCUCGCUCCCAUCACGCCCCAGCCCCGAGCAGGCGAGACUCGGCCUGGAAUUUCACUCUCAAUGCGACAGCUCAUCAAGAUGGGACGCAACUCGCUCCUCCUGCUAUGGCUGCUGUCCUUGGUCGCUCACCUGGCCGGCGCGACCCCCGUCGGCUUGCCGAGGGGGGUCGCGGGACCGCGGUCCGCGAUGAGGCCCUGCGGUCUCGAGGAGGAGGCGGCUCGACUCGCCACGCACGAGUCGCCGGUGCGGGCUGGCCCCGGGUCGUCGACGGCGCCAAUCUCCUUCAACCCGACGGGCCUCGUGCUGAUGUGGCGGCUUGGCGAGCGGGCGGAGGAGGAGGAGGAGGAGAGAAGCAGCAGCAGGAGCAGCAGGAGCGGCAGAGGCGACCGAGCGAGCGGAGUGCGACGCGUGCAGAGACGUCGCUCCGUGACCGAGAAGCAGCUGAUGAACGACAAGGCGCACAACCUGUACGCGCGCCAGCGCCAACUGUGGCUCAAGAGCGUCAUGGGCCACCUGAACACGGCACGGAGGGGUCUUCCCGCGGGCGCGGCGUUCCACGACUGGAUGGGCGGGGCGCUCGGGCUGGACGAGGUGGCACCGUCGGGGGACCUCGCCGCAUCGUCCUCCUCGUCGUCCUGGGUGGACGCGUUCGGGUCCGAGGAGUCACCGGACUUUCGGGGAGAGAACGGCGCCUAAGAGCGAGGACCCCCCUCCCUCCCUUCCGUGAAAGCGCCACUCUUUGCCCCGCUGCCUGCCCCGCCUGCCCCGCCUGCCCCGCCCGCCUCUUCCGCGUCAACUUGUCACGCCAGUCGUUGUCGUCGUCGCGGGCAAGCAGCGAUAGCGACAGCCUCGUGGUCGUCGUCAUCAUCAUCGUCGUCGUCGUCGUCGUCAAUCAGGCAUCGUCAUUAUUUAAUCGUCUUCAUCAGAGCCGUGUCGUGGGCAUCCUCGUAAUAAUCGGAGAAGUGCGUUUUAUUAUUUAUAUAAACAGCGUAUAUGUGUGUUGCGUGUGUGCGUGCAAACUCGGAAACAAACAAAAGUUGCGAUGCGAAAUUAAAUAUUCCUUCUUCAUUGCCACUUGAUCUCGUUCGUACGAGCUUGUCGUCCUCCAGUGGAGAUUCUGUCUUCCGCAUUCCUUAUAAAAAAAAAAUAUAAUUCGCCGUCUCUCGAGAGGUCUUGGUGUUGUACUUUUGUCAGAACGAUAGACGUCACUCGAAGGCCCUCUCAUUAACUCUUUUAUUUUUUUGUUAUAAUUUCAGCCACAGGUGUACGAUAGUUCACCUCCCAGCAUUCAGACUAGAGGUUAAACGAUUGCUUUUUUGUUGUUUUCUAGCGCUAAAUAAAGAGUUCGGUGGAAUGUUGGAAAUUUUAAGCUGAUAAGAUAAGCAAUGCUAAUAAUUUAUUAUUAUAAUGACUUUGAUUCCGCUUGUAUCUCCACGAGAUCCUAAUUUUUCCAGAGGUUCUUGCCAACGGUCACAAAGUGAUGCCGCUGCUAACUGUGUGAUCCCAAUUUGGCACUUUGUGAGAAUAAGUCUUCAGCAUUGGGAUCAUUUGGCCAAAUCAGCAUGGUGCAACCAACGCAACUUAUGCAUGGGAGAAAACCAACAUCCCGGAGGUAACCCACUGCGCAACAGGUGGAGAACAUACAAAACUUCACGCAGAAAGGUGUUCGCAGUGGGAAUUGAACGCAGGCCCUUCCUGCUGUGAGGCACGAGCAGUUGCCACUGCGCCACCCUGCCGGAUUCCGAAAAUGUCACACAGGGACAUCUGACAUUCACGCUCCACUUUUAGAUUAUUCCACCGUCUAACUUUAGAGUUAUUUCCCGUCCUCUCUGAGCCUCGGGUGUUGCCGAUGACUCUGGGUUUAGCGACGCUUCUCAGCUGUAGCAGCCAGCAAUCGGUAUGCACAGACAGCUCAGGUUUGAGCGAAAUGUCGCCACACGUUCACGUGAAAACCCCAUUCGAGACAAGGCUGAAGCCAUCACCGGUGUGAGGAGGAGGAGGAGGAGCUGUAUCGGUCAGAAUUUGAUCGAUACGCUGGCACGUAUAAAUAAUAAUGAUCAUUUACUCUUUCAUCCUCCGGGUGGCAGACAGUGAGUGGCAAAACAUUUUGGCAUACAAAUUAGCGCCACGUGGCGCAGCCCGAAAACAAAUGUGCAUCAAGUCAUCGUCAAAUGGUUCGAAAGUGGCUCCGUGCGAAGAGAGCAGCGAGAGAGUUUAGGCCCUUCAGAUUCAAGCGGCGUCGCCAGUUGCAUUGAUGUUUGUUCCGUUUAGCCGAGGGAAUCGCGAUUCCACCACCACCACCCCCCCUCCCCCCCC